GGAGUUGCGGGUUUUGGUAGUGCUGUUAAGCUCAUGAACAUUAAGAUUUAAUGAUUUUUGAGAGAUGUACCAUUAAUCAAACAAAUGCAAAAUUCGCGUUGUAAACUACGGAAUGCUGGGGAAUAGUGUAUAUAAAUUGUUAAAAAAUCGUACAUGGGAUGAAUGAAGAGGAUCUUCUCAAGAGAUCUGCUGAAGAGCGAGAGAAAAUAUUUAAGAGAUAUGAACAAGGACGUGAAGGUGCAGAAAUUGAUCCUUGGGAAGACCCAGGCUUUGAGGUUUACCAUGCAACAGACAGAUAUGGAUUUAUCCAUGACAAAAGGUUACCAUCUAAAGUGGACCCGCAGGAAGCAAAAAAACGACAGAUUGAAGUUGAACGCCAAAAGAAAUGGCUUAAGAUGUUAAAAAAUUGGGAUGCUCCUGCAAGCAAAGAAAAACUUCAUUCUAGAGUAUAUAAAGGAAUUCCAAACUCACUAAGAAGUGAUGCCUGGAUAAAACUAUUACAUGUUGAAACUGUUAAGAAAAAUAAUACUGGAAGGUAUGAGGAAAUGAUUAAGUUAGCUAGACAAUAUUCUACUGAUGCAAGGCAGAUUGACUCUGAUGUAAAUAGGCAAUUUCGAGAGCAUUUACACUAUAGGGAGCGGUACAGCAUUAAACAGCAAUCUCUUUUUAAUGUACUGACUGCUUAUGCUAUGUAUAAUUCAGAAGUGGGAUAUUGCCAGGGUAUGUCUGGGCUGGCAGGAGUUUUAUUAAUGUAUAUGGAUGAGGAAGAUGCAUUUUGGGCCAUGCAUAUAUUAUUGACAGAUCCAAAAUAUGCCAUGCAUGGUCUUUAUAAGGAAGGAUUUCCUAAAUUAACCAGGUUCUUGGCUCAUCAUGAUAAAAUAUUGACUAAACUGCUGCCAAAGAUUAAAAAACAUUUUGACAAACAUGGUUUGGAUGCCAUUUUAUACUCAUUAAAGUGGUUUUUCGUUUGUUUUAUUGAAAGGGUUCCUUUUAAUUUAUGUCUUAGAAUUUGGGAUAUUUAUUUAUAUGAGGGUGAGGAAGUAAUAUCAGCAAUGGCCUAUACAAUACUCAAACUGCACAAACGAAAUUUGUUGAAGUUAAAUGAUAUGGAUGCUAUUGUUCAAUAUAUUCAGGUGAAACUGUACAAGGACUUUAUCUACGACGAAGACACUGUGAUCAGGCACUUGGAGGGUUCGAUCGAAGAACUGAAAAAGCACAAGCUGAUCAAAGCAGGCGAGCCCGGCAGAGAGGAGCUGCCCACGCGACCUUUCGGCGAAUUCAAGGAACCGACGUUCGAGCAGAUCGUCGGCAUCCGGACGGAAACGUUCACCGAAAAGGAGAAGGUCACCAACGAGAUAAUUACGUUGACGAGCGACGCUGCGCGAGAAUCUGUCGAGAAGGACAAAGAGUGUCAGCUGUCAGUCGUCGAUUCAGUCGGAUUCACAGGCUCGAAAUUCUCGUUCGAUCCGAGCAUCGACGACGCCAGCUCGCUACUGGAUUGCGAGCACACCGGAUCGCGUCGCUCAUUGGCUGACACCAGCGUCACCUCCACCGCAGACUUGUCGGUCUUUUCGACGAUCACGCGCUCGCAGGCGCACGAGAACAGCCUUGACACUCACAGCAACAUGUCCGACAACUCGGUAGGCGGCGCGUCGAGCGUGGGCUCUGGCAUCGGCGCGUCCAGCGUGCAACGCGCCACGCUCAGCGCGCAUUCCACGCCCCGCGCCACGCCGCACAACGUCAGUCCGGACGUGUUGCGCAUCUACGUGCCCUACACGCCGCUGGACACCCCCGUUGCUAGUCCUCAUAACGGCGACCUGCCCAAAUCAAUUCCUUGCUCAUUUCCCGACUCGAACAAGAUUCGAAUUAAAAUCGACAACGACGAACUGCCCACGCCAUUGGUGGAACACGGGCAAAUCAAAACGUUUCGAAUUGACGAUUUUGAUUUAAAAUAAUUAUAAGAGUUUUUAUGAUUUGUAUUUUUUCAAACAAGAAAUUAAAUGAGUAACACCACUGUGACAUGAUGAAAAAUAUCGGAUUUCUAGAUUUUAUCUUAUUAAGAAAAACGACAAUUUUUUAAUCUAAAUCAUUAUACGUAGCAAGCCGUUCUCCAAAAACAUAGUUUACAAAAUGGCUGGUGCUCAAAAUUUUU